CGCGAACAAACUUAUGACAGCGAAUAUGUGAAUAUGGAUCGUUUCCUCCGAAAACAUAAAUAAAUGGCCACCGUUUUUAUUACGUUUUUCCUAAUCACACAACUUUAUGUUUGUAAGAUGGACGCCGACUACAGGGAAAGACGAAGGAAUAUAUCUCAACGGAGGAAUCGGUGGAGCAUGAAUUCACAAAGACUGGAAGAAAUUGUGGCGGAGCUGAUGAGACCCAUCAGCGACGUCCGCCGAAGUUUCGACACGGACCUCAGCGCGUUGUUGGAGGAGUACCUGACGGAGGCGGGCCUCCACGCACUGGAUGCAGAGGAGGGAGCGGUAGAGAAUGCCACUAUCCCAAACUUUGCAGAGCUGGCAUUGUUGCUGCAGCAGUCUGCCUGCAUCUACAGUAGGAAGGUUGACUUCCUGUACCAACAUGUACUUAGUGUCAGUGAAUCGUUACACAAUAGUACUCAAGAACCCAGCGCGAGUCCCGGCGCGGAGGAGGCGCAGACGCCGCAGGGCGGGCGGCGGCGGCUCAGAGCGCCGGCGCCCGAGCAGUUCGCGGCGGUGGAGCUGCAGGCCAGCGCGGCGGCGCGGCGCGAGGCGGCCGGCCCGCGCCCGCCGCCCACGCUGCCGCGCGUGUACGUGGAGCUGGAGCCGCGCGUGCUGGCCGCCUGCGACGUGCCGCUGCGGGACUACGGCGGGGAGCCCGUCGGCCUGCUCGGCGACUUCCACGUCACCUGGCGAUUGCAGGAUGGACUCCUGGUGGAAGAGUUGGCGGCUGGAGGCGUCAGUGACUCGUCGCUGCGAGCCCUGCCGCUCACGGAGCUGCAGGCGGCGAUAGAGGCGGCGGCCCCGCCCUCGCCCCCGCCGUGCUUCACGCCGCCCAGCUCGCCGGCGGCGGCGCCGACCAGCUCGACGAGCACGCCGCUGCCUGCGCCCGCCACGCCUGCGCCCGCCACGCCUGCGCCCGCCACGCCUGCGCCCGCCACGCCUGCGCCCGCCACGCCUGCGCCCGCCACGCCUCCGCCGGAGAAGAGGGAGAGAAAGAGAAGAAACGACGGCGACGGCGAACAUAUGGAGGGUGCUGUUAAACUACUCAUGAACAAAAGGCUGCGGCGCAGAUUUCAACGCGUGGAGGAGUUCAGCAUCCCGGAGGAGUGGGUCGCCCGGGUGGUGCGCGCGCGCAAGGCCGCCGUGCUGGACGCCCGCCGCGCGCUCGCCGGUGAGCCGCUCACGAGCGCGCUAGAUUUUCGCGGAUUCGAUAUCUCCGACUCUGUCGACGUCGGAGGCUUCGUCGGGUGGAGCACGUCGGAGGCGGUGCAGGCGGCGCUGGCGGCGGAGGCGGCGGCGGCGGCGCGGCGCCCGGACGACAGCGACGACGACGGGUUCUUCGAGCAGAGCUCGCUCGGCGACUCCGACACGUCGCGCAACGAAGACUGCGCCGCGCCCGGGGCCACGGCGCUCGCGGCGCUGCCCGGCUCGGCCGAGUGGGCGUCGUGGCGCGAGCGCGUGGUGGCGCGCGCGGCGGCGACGGAGGCGCGCGGCGCGGACGUGCAGCGCUCGGCCGGCGCGCUGCUGGCGGCGGCGCAGGCGCUGCCGCCCUGCAGCCCCUUCGCGGCGCUGCUCGCGCGGACGGCCGACGACGCGGGGGACGUGUCCAAGCUGUUUCUCGCCACGCUUUUUCUGGCGAACGCUGGCAACGUGCAAAUAGUUCAAGGGCCGCCCUUAACGUUGAACACCUUUUCGGUUCGGCUCGUGUCGACGGACGAGCGCCUCUACCGCACCGUGGCCGCAGCCGACGAGCAGUUCCUACGAUAAGAGCUUCUAAGGAGAUUCCGGAAUGUGUUUAUAUUGUAAAUAUUGCGUACAUGACCAUGAUACUUGAUAUAUGGUGUUAUGAAGGUACUCUAACAAGGUGCUGGUUUUCAAGACAAACAUUUAAUGUGUUUUAUGGAAUUGCUGUAGUUAGAAAUGACGCGCUAUGCGAAUUAACAUAUCAAUGAACUGAAGAAGCUAAGCUGGCUGUGAGCGCGGUGGGUGUUGCUUUAAAAGAUUUAAAUAUAUAUAUAUAUAUAUAUAUAUAUAGAGAGAGAGAGAGAGAGAGAUAGAGAUAGAAAGAGAGAGUGUGUUAAUAGUUAAACCAGUGUCAAUAUUAUAUAAAAAACAGUGUUCGUAUUACUGACAAAACUUUAAAAGUUACAUUUUUCAAAACUUGUAAUAGUAAUAUAAUAAUUUCCCAAAAUAAUAUUGCACUAAAAUAUAUAUUCUGAUUCAAUACGUACUGUAAGUGUUGUACAUAUAAUAAUUAAAGCAUUUGUAGUUUACAUGUAAGAUGUAGUGUGUUCCAUCUCGUAACCUAAACCUUUAUGCUUAUUGAGGUGUUCUCAAUCAAUUCAAUUCUUUUGAAUUUCUUUUACAUUUUUUGCAUAUACAAAUUUAACGACUACACUCUUUUUUGUUUUCAGAUAUCUUUUUUUCUAUUGAAAUUUAUUUUUAUAUAAUAAUUUUAAUAUAAUUCAAUGUAUUGUUAUCUAUCAUGUGACAUUUCAUAUUUAAUAUUUAUUAUAAAUGCAGCUGUGUGCGCAAUGUACAUAAAGUACUUGUAUGGAUUGUAACCGUUGCUAAUGUAGUUGUACAUUUGAAUUUAUUCAAUCACUGCUCUAUAGAAUCUGUCUAAUACUUAAAAUAUACAAUCCCAAAUACACACCGUUAAUGUAUAGUGUGGCAAUGAGUAGCUGAGUAUAAGUAUGUUAUCAAAUAUAUUACACUAACAAGAGAACCAUUUAACUACUACAUUGAACUAAUGCAUACACAGCUUGUAGUAUUGAAUCUGUUCGGACUCAAGUUAGCAACAGAAUACCAAAAACAUUAAUUAUACGCUCAAUCACUAUAAUAAUGUAGAAAUAAGUUGUAAGUAUUAUCGAAGUGUGUGUAUCGUCGGUGGCAGGGUACUAUUCUAGACCUCAUCGGGUUGACAAAUCCCUUCAGUGCACUCUGUUAUAUUUUUAUAUUAAUAAAAUUGAACAUAGCUUUUCAAUUUUAUUAAAUGAAAGAUCUUUAAUCUCCUUUACUUACCUUUAGAGUAUUUACUAUAAAGUAAUUUAAACGUUUUACAAAUAAUACCGUCCCUUUUGACAAUUAUUAGUAUAAGGAAAAUAUAUUUUUAGAGUAUAAAAAAUUAAUUAUAUUUGCGGAUUUGAUGACUUAACAAUAACUAUUAAUAUAAUAUAAGUACUACAUUUAUAGGUCUGGCAAACAAAUAUUAUUUUCAAAAUUUAUUAUGUAAUUAAUUAUUUGUACAAAAUAAUAAGUAACACGUGAACAGCGUUGUGAAACUGUUGAUUCGCGAGAUCUGAAUAUAAAGUACAUUAAAAUUGUGCCUUCAGUAUUUCGGACGCGGAGUGCACUGAGUGCCGUAACUCGUAAUGUAAACAUUAAUUGUUUGUUUGCUGCAAUAGGACGGCUAUGAGCUGGUUUGUGUGCACACUAACUAUGUUGUAAAUAAUUAUUGUGAAUGUAAAUAAAGCAACGGACAGACUCGUGGAAGUUGCCAAAAUAUAAAUAAUAUUGUUAUUUUGUUUAUAAAAUUAACUACAAU